AUGAAUAAAACCACAGACAUCGGCCCUGCAGAUAUAAUUAUUGUAUUUGGAAAAACUGAAGACAAAGGAACAUUAACAGAGAUUUAUAUGAAAGAGGAGCGAGUCCAGGGCGGGGCCAUCUCCACCUGGCCUCAUCACCUUAAGAGGAUAUUUUCCCAUGGUUCGGCCAAGGUUGCCAUUCACUCCAGCAUCCCAGAAGCAGGAAUCAACCUCUAUCAAGACACAAGGGUGCACUGUCUGUGCUAUGCCAAUGAGAGUCACCAGAGUCAGUCUUCCAUAUUGAGAAAAUCGUCAUCUAUGAACCAGGAGGACAGCACAAUGCCAAGAGCCAAGAAAUCAGUUCGAUUUCGGGAAUCAGAAGAAAUUAUUCCACCUGGGGGGGGGGAGCUGGACUAUAUCCCAGCACGCGAGAGGCCAUCAAACAUUUUGCCUGUGUUCCUGGGGAUUUGCCUUUUUUGCAUGAUUCUGCUGUUGGCUGCAGGUCUAUACUACAGCAGCAGGAGGCACAAUUUCAAAGUCUUGGAAGAAUUUCACUCCCAGCUUGUUAUCGUCAUCCUUCAGAUCAGACACGUUGCUUUGAAAUGUUGGACUUGGUUUGUGAGGCAAUAGACAGCCGUAAGCACGGAGCCAUGCCGGGCUGAAAACAACGGGCUCCUUUACGUCUGGUUGCAUUUGAAGAAAUAAAGUCUGUUUUUUUUUAACUAAACAGAGAAUGAGUGGUUGUU